AUGGAUUUCAUCAAGACCAGUUCCCUGCGUGCUCUGAUUGAGUUAACUUUCCAACGCAACUGGAAUGGCUUCAUUUGGAUGAGUAGAAAAGGAGUUAUAGCCAAAAGAGUGAAGACUGCUCCAGACGGCCAUAUCGAGAAUCAGCGUCCGAACGCGCAGACCGGCUGGCCGAGGAACGAUGUUCCGCGCUCGGCCAAAACUGUGUCCGUCCGACUAAGUCUCGGCCAAAGUCCAAUACCGAUCGGCCGAUCACGCGUCACGACCCGGGAAACAAGCCCGCGGUCGGCCAAGCCACAACCGCCACGCCACAACCGCGCACGACCAAAGCGCGCGAGCCGGGAAAGCCUCGCGGCCGCGCAACUCCCUCACGUACCGGCACGAACGCUCCGUCCGACCCGGGGAACUAUGCCUCGCGUCCGGCCGAGACCAUCGGCCAAUUCCAUCCGUCCGACCGCCGGCCGACCGUUACAUCAUCCGGCCACGACCGUUCCGACUCAGCCCAAGACCCGACCGUCCCGACCGACCGUCCGAACGCCGCGGUCGACCCGAAGCCGUUUUUGA